AUGAGCACGGCCAAGUUGUUUCUAUUUGCCAUGGCAAUAGCCGCCGUUUUCUUUGUUGACGUAAAUGCUCGAGUUGCUGCCCAUUAUAACAAUCAUGAGGUCAGUUGUCAUUCUCGAAAGUAAGAUGGUAGAAAUAUUUACUAUAACACUCUCCCAGGCCUAGGUUUUGUCAUUCGUUAUUAUUAUAUGGGUACAAUAGUGCGCGCGCUCUGAUUGGCUGGCUGCUGAGAGGACAAGAUUUUCUUGUAAUCGACCAGGCAUUAUGGAAAUUUUUCGACGGCUCGACAGUUCUUUUGAGUUGUGAGUAAAACCCACGAGCGCGAAGACGAAAACAACAAAAAAUAAGGACAAAAUAUACAUGUAACUAUCUUUUCAAUAACCGAAAGAAAAAUACUAUGUCUUACCGAUACUUCUUUAGUAUAAGCGAGGAAAACCUCUUGCGCGUCCAGGCGGGUGUUUAAAAUUACUUCCGGUGUUUUGGUAUUCUUUUUAAGAAUAACGCUAAAAAAGGCCAUAUAAUAAGCAACUUAUUAACUUCGUUAAUUCGGUCAUUACAGGGAAAUUUCAGACAUCGGCCUUGAUGUGUUGCCCUCGCUAUCGCUUUGUCAAUACAUCAAGGUCUCGGUCGGAGAUUAUUUCCCUUUAAUGACCCAACGGACGGACUUAAUUAAGUGGUAUUGAGAGGAGCUUUAAAGCUUAUUUAGACAAAUACACACUGCCUUUCAUCGCGGCUUCUGAAAUAUCAAUUAUCCCACGGGCUUCCUACAAAUUGCUAGAAAACGAUUACCUGGUUCUUACACCAGCAAAGCAUUUCCUGAACAUUUUCUUCAAAGUUUUACACAACGGUAGACUGUUUAGUAGGGGAUAGGCGGUAUCAUGACUAACCUGAGAUCAGGCCCAAUUUUAGCGGUUCUCAUACAUUCUCCUCUAAAAGCGAAACGAAAAUAGAGCCUGAUCUCGGGUUAUACAUGACCCACCUACACAUGCAGGAUCCAUUAUACAUCUCCUCCUUAAAUUUAUUAUUCCCUCCCUGUUUGAUAAACAGAUAGCAUCUAUUUGGAAAAUACUCCUUUCCCAACCAGCUGUUUUAUUUCUUUUUUAGGCCUACAAUGAAUUGGUGAAAAGCGGAGGUAGGAAAAUAAUAAUUGUUCCAUCCGGUAACCAACGUAUUUUGCCAAGAAACACUGUGCGCUAGAACACGCUAGCAUUUUGAUGCCUAUUGCAAAUCACCGAGAUUUCCCAGCGCGAGAAACCACUACAAACACCACCAUCACAUUUCCAUCAUGAACUUCAUCAUCAUUUUGGCCACACUCGUACUCUUUUAACUAUUUUAUUUUCAUGUGAAUAUAAAGCUUAUUUAUGUUUUGUUAUUUCCUCUUUAGACCGGUUACACGAAUUAUUUAGCCGAACGAGUUGUCAGUGCCGCGGUGAAGGUUUUAGUGAUUCUGGCUACGGAAGUGGGACAACCUUCUGGUUUGUCGGAUGUAGCGGCAACUGGCAAGACUGCAAAGAACCAAGCUUUAUGACCAGUUGUUGCCGAGAAAAAGGGAAAAAAUGA